GUAGAUAUGUUAUGGGCAAUAUCAACUGGUCUUGAUUUUAUUCAUGAACGUGACCUCAUUCACGGACAUUUACACGGAGGGAACAUACUAGUUGAGAAGGAAAUAAAUUCAAUAGAUACUAAAAUUGCAGACACAGGAUUACACGGUCCUGUUGAUAAACAAAUAUCUUCUAAACAAGUUUACGGCGUAAUACCUUUCAUUGAUCCCGAAAUCUUUAAUGGAUAUACAUUAACCAAAGAAUCUGACAUAUACAGUUUCGGCAUGAUUAUGUGGAUGUUAUCAGCUGGUGUACGCCCUUACUGUGAUAGACCUCAUGAUUCACAACUUAUACAACAAAUUUGCUCUAGAUUAAGACCAAUUAUUGUCAGUGAAACUCCACAUAUAUUCAGUAAAUUAAUGUUACAAUGUUUAGAUGCUGACCCAUCCAAUAGGCCAACAGCAUCACAACUUUGCGAGUAUUUAGGAAAUUGGACUAUAGCA